GAACUGAAGUCCAGUCAGUUCAGUAUGGCAAAGAAAAGGCAAAUAAAGACAGGGUAUUUGCAAGGUCCCCAAGUAAACCCUUGGUAAGGAAAUUAAUGGAUUGGGAAAUAGUAAGCAGAAAUUCAGCAUCUGAUGAAAGGUUAGAAACACAAAGCCUCCCAUCACGGUCUCCACCUGGAACUCCUAAUCAUCGAAAUUCUGCAUUCACACAAGAGGGAACCCGGUUACGACCAUCGUCAGUUGGUCAUUUGGUAGACCAUGUGGUUCACACUUCCCCAAGUGAAGUAUUUGUGAAUGAGAGAUCUCCAUCAUCAACACAAGCUAAUAGCAUCAUUCUGGAAUCAUCACCAUCACAGGAGACCCCUGGAGAUGGACAACCUCCAGCUUUACCACCCAAACAGUCUAAGAAAAACAGUUGGAAUCAAAUUCAUUCUUCACAUUCUCAGCAAGAUCUGGAAAACCAUAUUAGUGAAACAUUUGAUGUUCCAUCUUCCCCUGAAAAACCUACUCCUAAUGGUGGUAUACCACAUGAUGAUCUUGUUCUAAUCAGAAUGAAACCGGAUGAAAAUGGAAGGUUUGGAUUCAAUGUAAAGGGAGGAUAUGAUCAGAAGAUGCCUGUAAUCGUAUCCCGAGUAGCACCAGGAACACCUGCUGAUCUCUGUGUCCCUCGAUUGAAUGAAGGGGACCAAGUUGUACUGAUCAAUGGUCGGGACAUUGCAGAACAUACCCAUGAUCAGGUUGUCCUGUUUAUUAAAGCUAGCUGUGAGAGACAUUCUGGGGAACUUGUGCUUCUAGUUCGACCUAAUGCUGUGUAUGAUGUAGUGGAAGAAAAGCUGGAAAAUGAACCAGACUUCCAGUACAUUCCUGAGAAAGCCCCACUAGAUAAUGUUCAUCAGGAUGACCAUUCCCUGCGGGAAUCAAUGAUCCAGCUAGCUGAGGGGCUUAUCACUGGAACAGUCCUGACACAAUUUGAUCAACUAUAUCGGAAAAAACCUGGAAUGACAAUGUCUUGUGCCAAAUUACCUCAGAACAUUUCCAAAAAUAGAUACAGAGAUAUUUCGCCUUAUGAUGCUACACGGGUCAUUUUAAAAGGUAAUGAAGACUACAUCAAUGCAAACUAUAUAAAUAUGGAAAUUCCUUCUUCCAGCAUUAUAAAUCAGUACAUUGCUUGUCAAGGGCCAUUACCACACACUUGUACAGAUUUUUGGCAGAUGACUUGGGAACAAGGCUCCUCCAUGGUUGUAAUGUUGACCACACAAGUUGAACGUGGCAGAGUUAAAUGUCACCAGUAUUGGCCAGAACCCACAGGAAGUUCAUCCUAUGGAUGCUAUCAAGUCACCUGUCACUCAGAAGAAGGAAACACUGCCUAUAUCUUCAGAAAGAUGACGCUAUUUAACCAAGAGAAAAAUGAGAGUCGCCAAGUCACUCAGAUCCAGUACAUAGCUUGGCCUGACCAUGGAGUCCCUGAUGAUUCAAGUGACUUUCUGGAUUUUGUUUGUCACGUACGAAAUAAGAGAGCUGGCAAGGAGGAACCUAUUGUUGUUCAUUGCAGUGCUGGAAUUGGAAGAACUGGAGUUCUUAUUACUAUGGAAACAGCCAUGUGUCUCAUUGAAUGCAAUCAACCAGUUUAUCCACUAGACAUUGUGAGAACAAUGAGAGAUCAACGAGCCAUGAUGAUCCAAACACCUAGUCAAUACAGAUUUGUGUGUGAAGCUAUUUUGAAAGUUUAUGAAGAAGGCUUUGUUAAACCCUUAACAACAUCAUCAAAUAAAUAAGAAAGGAAAAGGUCUGAGAUAUACAUUGGAAAACUGUUUUCCAUUAUAUUCACUGUGCCAUAAUACUGCUCGCAGGAAAUGGCAUCUAACAAAAAAAUGAAGAACUCAAAAAAACUUUGAAAACUUCAGCACUGUUGCACUUUAUGUUAAAAAAAAAUGUCACUCUUUCAAAAUCUAUAACUCAUGUAUUGGAAGAUUUUUUCAUGCUCUGCUCCAAACAAAUAGUGAAUAACUCAGUGUGUUCAGGGUAAUUUAUGAAAUUCUGUGGUGGUGCCAUGCAAUCCCCUUUUGGUAGAAUUGCCAUAAACUAGGCUCAUCAUCUCUGUUAUACACCUGUAUCUUGAAAGCAAAAAGAAGUAAACAUCAGGAGUCAGCUCUG